CUGAAUUUACUGCAGCUCUGUGUUUAACCCCAUUUUGGUUAAGCUUCCACCCCAUAAUGCUGGUACAUGCUAAGCUUCCUACUGCAAUUAAAAGCAGAACCCCCCACCAAACUUUCUCAAUUAUAUAUCCACAUUUUCCAUUAUUCCAUUAAAUAAAUCUGAAACUAGUAUUUAGAUUCCUUCUCCCACCAAUCUAUCAUUCCCGUCCAGUUGUGAGCUUGCUAGAACCUUAUACCAGACACAAAACAAUAUGGCAAACUUGUACAUUCCUUGGAUUUUCUUAGUUCAAACACUAACACUAUUUGCCAAAUGCAGAGGUAAAGUUCCAGCAGUCAUAGUGUUUGGAGAUUCUUCUGUUGACUCAGGUAACAACAACUUCAUUCCAACAAUUGCCAGGAGCAACUUUCAGCCUUAUGGUCAAGAUUUUCCGGGAGGCCAACCCACGGGGCGGUUCUGCAACGGCCGAAUUCCUUCUGACCUCAUCUCUGAUGGUCUAGGCCUUAAGCCAACCAUACCUGCCUACUUGGAUCCAAUUUAUAACAUAUCAGAUUUUGCUACUGGUGUUUGCUUUGCUUCUGCAGGAACCGGCUAUGAUAACACAACUUCUGAUGUUGCUCGUGUGAUUCCACUGUGGAAGGAAGUAGAAUACUACGAGGAAUACCAGAAGAAAUUAAAAGCCUAUCUUGGAAAUAAGAAGGCAAAAAAAUUACUAAGUGAUGCUUUAUAUUUGAUUAGCAUAGGAACAAAUGACUUCCUUGAAAACUACUAUACAUUACCGGACCGACAAUCCCAGUUCACCGUGAAGCAGUACGAGAACUUCCUGAUCAAUCUUGCAGCAGAUUUUGUGAAGAAACUAUAUGCUCUUGGGGCUCGGAGGAUGUCCCUAGCAGGGCUUCCUCCAAUGGGGUGUUUGCCAUUGGAAAGGACCACAAAUAUCAUGGGACUGCAUGCAUGUGUGGAGGAACGCAACAAUGUGGCUUUGGAGUUUAAUCGGAAGUUGAAGGGUAUGGUGGCAAAGCUGAACAAGCAGCUUCCGGGGCUUGAGGCGGUAUAUGGAGAUGUUUAUUACAUUUUCUUGCAAAUCAUAACAAGGCCUUCUGUUUUUGGAUUGGAGGAAGCAAGAGUGGGAUGCUGUGGCACGGGGAGAUUUGAGAUGAGUUUCCUAUGUAAUCCACAUAAUCCCUUUACGUGCCAAGACGCAAAUAAGUACGUAUUUUGGGAUGCCUUCCAUCCUUCAGAGAAAACCAAUCAAAUCAUCUCAGAUAAUGCUCUUAAAACUUAUUUAGCAAAGUUUCUUUGAUGUUGUAAAAUGUAAUGUGUAACAUUGAAGCAAAUACAACGGGAACUCCCUUGUUAGUGGAAUGAAAUUUCUAAGACGACCAAACAUCAAAGUUUGAAGGUUCCCCUUCAUCUCUCUAUUUCUUAGUCAUCCACACUUGGGAACUCAGAGGAUGUUUACAUAGGUUGGGAAGAUCUUGCCACUUUCCAAAUUAUUUGGAGUGAACGAUGAACAGAUAGAAUGAACAACGAACAGAAAUAAAGCUAUUGCAGACUCGAAGCAAAACAUUUACCAAAAAGAAGCAAAAAUAAUCAGCCCCGACUCUGCAUCCUAGCUAUCCUUCCAUGCAGUUAGUUACCCAUCUCUACACCAAUCUCAUUUCCACAAGUCAAAGACUAAUAGGUUAAAGUUGCCCCGUUGCAGCUUCGUUACAGCAGCGAAAGCUGUACCUGGAAAUUUGAGGCUCAUAUUUACACCUGAGAUCUAGAAGGUUCAGAAUCUUCCUUACCCCUGACUUCUUGUCUUCUCCUCUGUGAAUGCUGAUGCUCCGACCAUUCAACCCCUCCCCCUCCUGAUACUUCACAUAUGAUCCAAACCACUCAUACAUCCAAAGCUACCUC